CAUGUGGUCAGACAAUAAAGUGUGAACAAAGGAGACAGAAAAGAUAGAGGCAGAAUGAGGAUGCUUCUGUCUUUAACUAUGCCAAAGGUAUUCAGUAUAUGCAUAUUCUGUCUGUUUAUCGAGUGUCCAGCUUAGUUUUACAAUACUUGUUUCUUUCCAACCCCAACAGUUUGUUUUUCUUUUGUGAAGUGAUGACACCCUUCUUGAUGACAGGUUGCUUUUGGCCUGACAGGCCCAAAAUCAGAGCUCCACGUUGCCAUCAUUUCUGGAAGACCUUGAAGACAUUUAUGACGUCAUCAGAAUUGGUUUUUUUUUAGCCAGCGCUUCACGUUCCUACCCAAACUGUCAAAGUAUGCAUUUUGCACUGCAGUUCUCCCCAGCUUCUUGUGCACCUCCUCACUGGCAGAGCGCAGGAAACUGAAAAGUCCUUGGUUUAAAGUAAGCACUGCUUAAGCACAGCCAACACAUUGGUGUGUUGCCAAUAUGAGUGGCACACUAAUCCAAAACACAGCAUCGUCCCAGCUACUAGGGUGAGCAUUAAUGCUGUCCCAGCUGCUGAGGUUGGGAAUAUUAGGUUUUUUCCUGUAGCUAUCUAGAAGGUGUACAAAUCCUAGCAUAUUUACAUUCCCGUCUCUUAGGUACUUUGAGUAUGUAAUGGCUCAUUUUUCCUCAUUAAAGAGUAAUAUCCUGGAGACCAUCUGGCAAUGUUAAGAACUGACUAUCCCAAACCUCAGCUUUUGUUAGAUAAUAAUGUUUUUUAAUUAAUAUAUCAGAUAGGUACACAGAGCCAUCUUUGGGAGUAAAUAUACUGUUAAGACAAUUCACUAACUCCAUUUAUAUUAAUUAGAAAUGCUUUGUUAAGGACAAUUCCAUGUGCUUUCAAAAAGGAAAGAGUUAAAGAGGCAGGAUGUCCUUACCAAUUGGAAGUUGAUAGUCAUGAGCUUGAAAAUAUAUAGGUUUUGCUGAUGUUUCACUGGGAAAGUUUGGCUUGUAUCAGAUGUGUUCUAGCAAAAGUUUUAAAUAAAGUCUAAAAGAACACUUCACCUAGUAAAGGAAUUGGAUGCCAAUAGUUUCCAAGUUAGUAUUGCAGUUCUUAAAGGUUAUGUCCUUGGCUUAUGGCAUAAAAUCCAAAACUGAGAUUAGACACCUAACAAAGCGUGGCUGGGGAGAUGAGUCAGGUGAUCCUGAGCACCUGACUCAUGAGCAGGGCGCUGGUGCAAGGAGCACUGAGCCGGCCCAGAGGGUAGCUUGACAUUUGCAUGCUUUAACUCUCAGCCCUCUCCAGAGCUAAGGAGAAAGCUUACCUGUCAGCAUUUUCCUUGUUGAUGUAGAAUUGUAUUUGGAAUCCUGUUUAUGUUUUGUUUUGUUUUUCUGUGUUUGUUGGCUAUGAAAGAAAACACAGAUGUGGAAAGCUGCAAGUGAGCCGCUUAUUUACAGUCAGUAGUAUAUCGGAGAUGAAGAACAAUGUCUAAACUACUAGACCUUGUUCCCCAAGUGGGGAGUUGUAGUGCAGUGUGCUGACGUGUAUGCUUUAACCAAGUUUAGGGAGAACAAUAGGAGGAAAAAUACUUAGUAAUUUAAGAAUCCUGUAUAGCUGGGAGGGGGUUAUUUAAGAAUUAAGUCCAUUAGUUAGUAACAAUUGAAUCUAUAAUCUGGAAGCCAUUUCCCUUCAGGUGAACCAAUAUCUCUACUGCAUGAACAGUGAACAAACAGCAGCUUGAAGCUGCCUGUAGUGUACAGUGAAUCCCUGGCCCACUUGACUUAAAGCCUUUUAAGCCUGCCUGCAGUGGUAGGUAACAUGGUACAAAAGACUGUUCAAAAUAAUCCUAAAUUGAACCAAUUGCCAAGCAGUCUGUGAUGAAGAACCAUUUUUGAGUCUUAGUCUUUGCUUCCAGGAUUUGGUGGAUUGUUUUGGUUUUUUUUUGGUAAUAUGAUCUGUUAUUAAUGUAGUAAUGAUAGUCAUUGCUGUGUUAAAAAUCCCCUCACUCUCCACUUCUCUGCAGAGUUGCACACAGUCUGUCAGGUGAAUUAUGGAGAUUCAUGUUCUCUUCAGCAUCAGGCGUGGGACCAGCUGGUGCUGAGGGGAGAGCACUGGAUGAGCUGUAAAGCUGCCAUGGAAGCCUGACAAAUAGAAAAAUACAACAAAGUGAAGAGAAAAUUUACUUCAUGAGAACUGAGCUCUGCUUUCAUUUGCUUUUAAAUUUAUUUGUAUUAGUAGCUGAUUAGUGUCAGAUCAUCUCUGUAGUCUGCUGUGGUGAAAUUACUAGGUUAAGUCUGGAAAAAAUGAAACAGUUAAAAAGAAAAAGAAAAAGCAAUUUUAGUGUUCAGGAAACUCAAACUCUCCUUAAGGAAAUCAGAAAAAGGAGAGAAGUACUCUUUUCGAAGCAACUUAAUACAACAAUUAAUGAGAUGAAACGGAAAGCUUGGGAGGAAAUAGCAGAGUGUGUGAAUGCUGUAGGUGAAGGAGAGCAGAGAACAGGGACAGAAGUGAAAAGGCGAUACCUUGACUGGAGAGCACUCAUGAAGAGAAAACGUCUGAAUGCAAACAUCAAAGUAGUAGGUGCUGGGUUUCAUCUUCCUUCAUCCAAUUUAGAUGACUCUCUCAAUGAAGACAUGGAUGAGAAAAUGGGAUUUGCAAUUGAAUCUAGUUUUGAGUGGCAAAAUAUCACUGACUUCAGAGAAGCUGGUGGAUCUUUAACAGAAAUCAAAGUAGAAGAGGAAGAGGAAGACCCACAGAAUUUUGAAUUUCCUAUUGAGGAAGAAGAAGAAAUAUUGUCAUCAGUUCUGCCAGAUUCAAAAAAGGAAAAUGACCUACCAGACUUCCCCCACAUUGAAGAGUUUGGAAAUCUGAGCUCUGCUCAAGCUAGGCUAGCCUAUGAAGAUUCUCACUUGCUUAUAAAUCUGGAGAAGCAAAAGGUGGAGCUGGAGAAACAGCGACUGGACAUCGAAGCCGAAAGGUUGCAAGUGGAGAAGGAGCGCCUGCAGAUUGAGAAGGAGCGGUUGCGGCACGUUGACUUGGAGCGUGAGCGGCUUCAGAUUGAGAAGGAGCGACUUCAGCUAGAGUGGGAGAAACUCAGGCUAGAGACUCUGCAUGCUGAAAAACCCGCCCUGGAAAAUGACCUCACCCAAACUGAAAAACCCAUCAUGCAGCCUCUGGAUCUAGAAACUGAAAAGUUAAAACUUGAAAAAGAACGUUUGCAAUUAGAGAAAGAGAGGCUGCAGUUCCUAAAGUUUGAGUCAGAAAAGCUGCAGAUUGAGAAGGAGCGCUUGCAAGUGGAGAAGGAGCGCCUUCGAAUUCAGAGAGAGGGUCACUUGCAGUGAACAUCUCAGCUAAGGUGUCAACAUUAGUGUUUUGAUGUUUCUAAAUUAGAAGUAGUUCUUUCCUUGAUACUGAAACUGUCCUAGAGGCUUAACAUUCUUCUGUUCAGAGUUGAAUGUUGAUGUUAAACUGAAAAAAAAAAUGGUGCUCAAUAUGUCAGUGUGCCUACAUAAAUGAUCUUAUGUGUGAAGUUGCUUUUCAAUGUAUCAGAACUUAGUGUUAUGUUCUCUUGUCUUCAGUAUUGUGCAGUAUUAGUUUGGUGUCCUCCCCUCAUAGAGGCCUUGAGAAGAGUCCAGGCUGAACCUUGUACUUUUUGUCACUGUACUAACAGGAAGGAAGGAUCAGAAUAAAUCAUCGUUUGCUGUGAGGACAUAGUGCUGACGAUAGUCUAUAUGGUAAAGGAGUACAAUUUCAGCAGAACACAGGAAUACAGAGUCAUUAUGAGAGCGAUUCAUUAAAUUUUAUUCCCUCCCCCUCUUUCUUUUCUCCAUCCCCAUAAUUGGGAAAAACAGUUGAAGAGUUAUCUAGAAGUUAAAGUGCAAGUUAAAUUCAUUGCAGUUGUGUUUACUGUUGUUCCAUGGCUUGAAAUGAAUGGGAGUGCAGAAAAUAGGUUUGAGUUUUUAUGGUGGUUUUUUUUUUUGUGACAUUCAUAUUAGGCAAAGUUACACAUCAGCCAUACAUACUAUGAGCUGGCCUGUUGGUUUCACUAGGCCAUUAAUAAUGCUGUAUGGAGUAGAGCACCUGUGUUAGCAUAGGACAGGGAUUUACUGAUUGAUCAGGCAUGCUGUCUAAUGAGUCUGAUGACCCCCUGAAGGAAAUUGCUAGACCUUGUUUGUCCUUGGAAAGCAGUAGCUGGUGAUAGGAAUCUCAGAAAUGGAGACUGAGCACAACCCAAGAACCUCUGAGUUUGAACGCUUCUACACUCACUGCUGGUUCUGCCUGGCCAGCACCAAGAUCUGGCUGCAAGGCAGCCAGAAGACACUUCUGUGGCUCUCUGUAUAAUAUAUUUUAAUUAAACAAACAGAAAUGGUUAGUGCUGAAGGCUGUUAGUAUUUUUCAUAGGCAAUGUAGUCAUAUAACAAAAAGCAAAAAAAAAAAAAAAGCCAAGGAAGGAAACUUUCUAUUAUUUCAUAUGUGUUUAAAUCCCAACUGAGCCAGACUUCACCUCUCUCAUCUUUCUGCAAGUAACUGUCUUGUUAACUCCAUUGGAAAUGUAGAACUGUGGGAAAAAUAAGUCUAAACAUAUGUUGAGUGACUUAGGUGAAUUUGUGUGCAAGUAAAUAAUAUUUAUACCACUACAGGUUUACUUUUAUUCUGCAAAGAUUAUUUUUUUAUUACUGAAACAGGCGUGCUUCUACAGUGGAAAUAAAUUUGACUACUACACUCCAAAA